UAGACAAAACGACUGUAUGUUGAGGAGCGCCAGUCACUACGUUCUCCCGUACUGAGAACUAUAAGAAUGCUUUGACAGUUUUUAUUUAUUAUUUCUGUGGCGUAUCUGUGAAUGUCACUCGCAAGCAUGUCAUUGCGAAGACUAGACCAAGAAUAUGCUUUGGAGGAAACGGGAAGGUUUUUUAUAGCACCUGAAACAGAAGUCGACUGGGACGAGGAAGACCAUGUUGAUCACCGUCAACUUGUUUUAUCCAGAGCUGAUGCUUUAGCGUCGGAAAAUCGUCUUAAAGAGGCUGUCGAUAUGUUUUCCAUGGCUCUCCGAUAUGGCCCAGUCCGACCGGACCAGCUGAGCAGUUUAGUCGGAUGCGUUCUGCGCAACUUCAAGAAGAAAUCGGAAGAGUCGCCCGCAAAAAGUGAGCCGAACUGGACGCAGGAUUGUGAAUUCGACUGCCCCGGUUGUCAUAGUUUCAUAGCCGAACCCGUUACGGUGACAUGUGGACAUACGUAUUGUAGGAGAUGUUUACAACAUAGCACUUUCUCUAACUGUAAACUGUGCAGUGAAGAUAUUAGGAGGAGGCCCGAGGAACCCCGACUGAAUGUGAUCUUAUGUGGACUUUUAGAGAAGUGGUUUCCUGAAGACGUGAAGAGAACUAAAUGUAUAGGGGAAGCCGAAAGCCUAUUGAAGAGUAAACAGUACGACAAUGCUAUUGCACUAACGAGUCGCUUAUUAGAAUCUGACUCUAGUAAUGUGUGGGUGCGCGUUUGCCAUGCCGAGGCUCACGGAGGACUGAAGCAGUACCGUCAAGCUUUAGAAACCUGGGAGGCCUGCCUGAUUGCUACCCCGUCCCCAGAGGGAUAUUUCCAGAAAGCAAAAAUUCUUCAAGAGAUGGGUCACGUAGAUGAAUCUCUGCAGGUCUUCCUUCAGUGUUUGGCAUUGAAUGAAAACUUCCAUCAAGCCAAACGAGAGGUGGAAUUGAUCUUGCAUGACCUGUUGGCUCCGGCCUGUAAUAAUGUCAAGGUUGGUUUGAGAGAGACAGCCCACAACACUUCCUCACACUUACGCAGUAAAACCCUGGUGUCCAAGGGCCAGGAUCGAGACCAGCAGACCCAGUUGCUGGCCCAGCACCAAUCAGACACGUGGGCAGCAUCUGUCCACCAGCCUCCUACAACCUCAGAGAAACCAGGUCGGUGUGAAAGUCUGGAGCGCUCUGGCCUGAGCAGAGCUCACUCUCUUCGUGCCCACGGGAUAGGGGGAGCUGUAGAGGAGGGGCUUAAAAGAGUUAGCUCUGCACCGCAGUUGGGUGACCCAGAAAAAGGCGUGCUGCUAAAGAGGAAGCUCUCUGUGUCUGAAGCAGGGCCUGGCGUGGCUUACAGCCACAGUAGUAAAUAUAAAAAGCAAGUAGCGACUGCCAGUGCAGUUACUCCUGUGGUUACCGAGGAAACCAAGUCCCAUCGAACCUUGCCAAAAGACCUGCUGGACCCAAAUGAUUUUGAAUGCUCUCUCUGUAUGAGAUUAUUUUAUCAGCCUGUCACGACACCCUGUGGUCACACGUUCUGCAAAAACUGUCUGGAGCGCUGUCUAGACCACAAUCCCCAGUGCCCUCUCUGCAAAGAAAGCCUGAAAGAGUAUCUUGCCUUCAGAAAGUACACAAUCACACAAGUGCUGGAUAACAUCAUUAAGCAGUAUCUAUCCAAGGAACAUUUGGAGAGACUGAAGCUGCAUACGGAGGAAACAAAAGAGCUUUCAGAUUUAACAAAGAAUGUGCCCAUCUUUGUUUGUACCAUGGCCUACCCCACUGUGCCUUGCCCCCUUCAUGUGUUUGAGCCACGAUACCGUCUCAUGAUCCGACGCUGCAUGGAAACCGGGACACGUCAGUUCGGCAUGUGUAUCAGCGACCCCCAGAAAGGGUUUGUGGACUACGGCUGCAUGCUUCAGAUCCGCAGCGUGCAUUUCCUUCCAGAUGGGCGAUCUGUCGUGGAUACAAUCGGAGGAAAGAGGUUUCGCGUCCUCUCGCGUGGAAUGAGAGACGGAUACUGUAUCGCAAACAUCGAGUAUCUGGAAGAUACGAAAGUCAACGAUGAGGAGGAUCUGGAGAAGCUGCAAGUGUUACAUGAUCAGGUGUACGACCAGGCCCGUAAAUGGUUCCAGAACCUGGAGAACCGCUUCCGGAACCAGAUCCUGCAGCAUUUUGGGCCAAUGCCAGAAAGAGAGGCUGACAUCCAGGCCACACCUAAUGGUCCAGCGUGCUGUUGGUGGCUGCUAGCUGUUCUUCCCGUCGAUCCACGUUACCAGCUAUCUGUGCUUUCCAUGACAACACUAAAAGAGCGACUAGUCAAGAUCCAGCACAUCCUCACCUACCUGCAGAACCUUUCCAGCGACUAGAGCUUCCACACCAACUGUUUCCACCAGCUAAUGUCUGUGUCCUUCUGCUGGCCAACAUGCAAACACUCUAUGGUGCUGACUGAUGAAGAACUAAUGAGAUUUCAAGAAAACUCCACUGAAAGGCCGACACAGAUCAUUCAUGCCGAGAGUUAUAAGAACAAAGCGUUUUUCAUUGUUUCUUAGCAAUCUGUUCAUCACCACCAUCUGACUUUUCUUCGUGCGGAUCCCUGUAGUAUUUAUUGUUAAACAGCCUGUCCGUUCUCGUUUAGGAGAAACAGUCCACUCAAAAUCACACUUCCGUUUGAUGCCCGUAGCCUCCAUACAGUGCUUUGAGGGCAGAUAUAUUGCUGGAGAGCAUUCCAACAUUUUCAACAAGAUCACGCCAUGCUUUGUGUGUGUUUAGACAGGAAGCAUCUGCAAAAAUAAAAUUUUUAAGCUAGAUUUUUGGGCACCAAGACUCUUUCGAAACAAGCAGAAAUAUCGCCUCCGAGCUUUCGCACAAGAAGUCGUCGUUGCACAACAGCUGAGUUGCCUAAGACAGUGAAAACUCUGACGAUGCACUUGUAUUCAUGUUACUUUUGGACGUUAUGAAACUGUUUAGCAUAGGUUUAUUUCCACCGAGAAAUAACUAGGACUUCCAAAUAUCUCGAUAGUUUAGUUUCAGACGUAUCAUUCAUUUGCUGUGGGUUUGCUUUAGUCAAUCGAAACAGCGAAAACAACACGUCACCAUAUUGCAAGCGUCUCUUGUUAGUUACAAGCUGCUCUUUGUCAAAGUCAUUUUUGCGAAUGAUGUUGAAAUAUUGAUUUUAUUUAUGUAAGCUAAGGGAAACUUGCAAUAUUUUGACAGAUGUAGACAAGUGGAAAACAAACUAUCGUUGGCUGCAACCAGCACCAUACUGAAAUGAGACCCAGCAAGCGUUGUGUGUAUUGAGAGUGAUGGAUGCUCGCUCACUAGCUCACUAGCUCACUAGCUCGUACCUGUGUGGUGCUUGUUGUGUGCAGACUAACUUUUGCCUUAUAAUACCUUGUUGAAUUCUGCUCCUAAGGUAUAAUGCAUCUGCUUGGGUUUUUGCAUUCCUGUUGGCGGAGAAAUAAUUCUGUGGUUUAAUUUAAUCAUUCGCCUCUUGGCCAAAAUCCUUUCAGAGUGUAAAGUAUGUCAGAUAAUUGCUUUGUUGUAUGUAAAUCAUUUUGUUUUGAAAAAUAAUUUUUUUUACGGCUCUGCUCAAAUAUUUAAGUUGUCAAUUUUCAAAUAAAAUGCACAUCUUUUUCAUUGUAA